GCCCCAGCGUCUCCCUCGGCGUCUCCUCCCCGCGCGCUCAGCAUGAAGGCCUUCAGCCCCGUGAGGUCGGUGAGGAGGAGCAGCCUGUCGGACCACGGGCUGGGCAUCUCCCGGAGCAAGACCCCGGUGGACGACCCCAUGAGCCUGCUGUACAACAUGAACGACUGCUACUCCAAGCUCAAGGAGCUGGUGCCCAGCAUCCCGCAGAACAGAAAGGUGAGCAAGAUGGAAAUCCUGCAGCACGUCAUCGACUACAUCCUGGACCUGCAGCUCGCCCUGGACUCGCACCCCGCCAUCGUCAGCCGGCACCACCAGCGGCCGGCGCAGAGCCCCGCGGCGCGGCCGCCGCUGACCACGCUCAACGCGGACAUCAGCAUCCUGUCCCUGCAGGCUUCCGAGUUCCCCUCCGAGUUCAUGUCAGACGGCAGCAAAGCGCUCUGCGGCUGAGCACCCGGUGUGUCUGAGUCGCUUCCCUCUUUCCUUUGCACAACACAGACCCACAGGACCUUGGAAGGCGCCGACUUGUCAACCAUUUCGCAAGGAGGACAAGUGGAGUGG